AUGUUUCCAUCAAGGAGCUCAGUCAUAUUUCUACUUUUGGCUUUGCAAUGGGCUGCCGGCUCUUGCUCCCAGUGGUGUCAGGCUCCCGAGCGGGUGUGCGACUUCGUGUGUGACUGUGAUGACUGCAGCGAUGAACAAGACUGUGGAUACAAUGGAAAGCACUUUGACUGUGACUUUGAGGACGUGGGAAUGUGUGGCUGGACCGAGCCGUCCAGCAGCGGGACAUUCAGGUGGGAGAGACUUCAGGGGGGAGACAUCCUGUCGGACAGCGGACCGUCCUCAGACUACACCACCGGGACAGCUACAGGUUGGUUCAUGGGAGUGAGUGCAGUGACGGCAGAGUCUCCCGAUACCGCAGUUUUAAUCUCUCCAGAGAUUCAGCAGACUUCCCCCACGUGUCGUCUUUGUCUCAGAUAUUUCCUCUGGGAUUCAGGUCACACAGGUCUGGGCUCUGCCCCACUGUGGGCAACCAUAAAUCACUUCGACUCCCAGCAGGCUGUAGUGUGGCGUCCCGAGGCCUCCAGUAUCCAUGGCUGGAGGGAGGACACCAUCUUUCUGGGCCGAAUCGCCUCACCCUUCCAAAUCCGCUUCAACUCGCAGCGGAAGGAAGGGCGAACGGGAGACGUGGCCAUAGACCAGCUGGAGUUCCUAGACUGCGCUUUGCCAUUGCCCCUCGUUGGGAAAGCGUGUCCGUCCGGGAUGUUUGAGUGCGGACGGGAAGGUUGCGUGGAGCAGCGGCAGGUCUGUGACGGCACCGACGACUGCGGCGACGGGUCUGAUGAGAAGGACUGUGGAUACCAGCUCUGUGACUUCGAGCAGGACUGGUGCGGAUGGGACAAUCGGUCCAUUUCCAGCCUGAAAUGGAUUAGAACCAAUCAGCUGAGCCUCUCCACCACAGAUCCUCAGAAAGGACCCGGCAGAGAUCACUCUGAAAACACCGCGGCAGGGAGCUUUUUAUACGUCACUGUCCCUGAUGACGGCCUAAAACAGGACUGGGCGUCUUUCCAGAGUCCGCCUCUUCAGCCAACUAACAGUUCACAUCCUUGCAAGAUGGUGAUGUACACACACCAGUUUGGGCCGCGGUCCGGCGGCUUGACGGUGUUGGUGGUAGAUCGCGCCAUCUACCCAGUGUGGGAGAGGGGGGGCGCUCUGGGUGACCUCUGGGUGAAGGCAGAGGUGGAGAUUGUCACCAACACCUCUUUCCAGAUAUUGAUAAUGGCAGCAAUCAGAAAUUAUACAUAUGGAGGAAUUGCGAUCGAUAGUAUCCUGCUAUCUCCCGAAUGCCGCAUAUCAACUGAAACUGUUUCUGUGGAAAAACUCCCUGAUUCUCCCAAAGACCCGUGCACUGACAGGGAGAAGCUGUGUGACUUCCACGCCGACUGUGAAGGACAGGAGGAUGAAGCCAAAUGUGGGGAUUUUUCUUACCCUCAGGGCAGCUCGGGCUGGACUGACGCCAGCAUUGGGAGUCAGGGUUGGACACUCUAUAAAACCGAAGAGGAGGAGUACCUGUAUGUAGUUUCGGCUUCGGGCCAACAGCUGACCGACGCUCAGACACGGACCCCCCUCCUGGGCCCGACCGGCCCAGCGUGUACCAUGACCUUUGACUUUGCCCUCACUGGGCAUCCUGAUCACAUCGGUGACCUGUCUGUCACGUUGAUCGACAGCGUGCUGGGCGCAGGGCCCAAAAUGUUUGAGUACAGCGGGAAGACGCCUGCAGAUCCAGAGGAAUGGCAAAGCGCUGAGAUACUGAUUGGGUUCAGGAAAAAUCGCUUCCAGGUGGCAUUUGAAGCUCGUGCAAUGAAGCUAUGUAACUGCGUCAGGAUUAAAGUGAAAAACGUCCGCUUUCACAACUGUCGCGCUGACUAUUAUCCGUCUCCUCCAACAGGACUGUCCUGUAACUUUGAGAGCGGGCUGUGCGGAUGGUAUCAGGACAAUGACGACAACUUCGACUGGACGGAGCUCGACGGAGUGGACCACACCAUCGGUGUUGGCAAAUCCCUGGUUGUGGACAUGUGGAGUCCCUCUCUUCGUGGCACGUUCGGGCGCUUAAUUUCAUUCCCACAGCCACCAGGUUCCACAGAUCACUGCCUGUCCUUCUUCUACAAACUAUAUGGACCCAACCCAGGUACUUUAAAUGUGAAGCUGUUGCUAAAAGGCGGCGCCGAGACCGUCAUCUGGAGCCACACCGGAUCGGACGGGAACAUGUGGCAUGAAGCAACCUGUCCGGUUGGACGCCACAUUGAUGACUUUCAGCUGGUAUUUGAAGCCGUGCGCUCCGGCUUCGACGGGCGCGUGGCCAUCGAUGACGUGUCAGUGUUGAGCGAACCCUGCGGCAUGCCGCGGAGGUGCUCUUUUGAAGGGGGCUUGUGCGGAUACACCAGGUCUGGCAAAGUACCCUGGCUCCACCUCAGCGGACAGAGAACCUCAGCUCACAGGCCCCAAAGCGACCACACCCUGGAGAGCAGCCUUGGUUCUUACAUGCUGGUUGACACCAGUGGUAGCAACCUUCCUUCUGGGGAGACCACCGUCCUCGUCUCUCCUGUCCGCCACGGAACCUCCAGCGCCGAGUGUCUCAACUUCUGGUAUCAGAUGGGAGGAGAAAAUCCAGGGUCUCUCACGGUGUAUGUAAAGCAAAUUGAUGGACGAAGAGUGAAGAUCUUCUCUACCAGCCUGAAUAGAGCAGGUGUCUGGCGCCAUGGCAACGGCAACAUCCGGGGGACCCUUGUGGAUUGGCAGGUGGAGUUUGAGGUAGUCGGACGUGGAGGCAGAGACGCACAUAUCGCCAUCGAUGACAUCUUUCUCUCACCUCUUCCAUGUGAAGAGCAAGGUGCCGUCUGCACUCUGGAGAACGGCUUGUGCAGCUGGAGCAACACUCAGAACAUCCAGGUGGACGAACUGGACUGGGAGCUGACCAGUCAGGAGGCGGAGCAGCACUACCCCACGCCACUCAGAGACCACACCCUGAAGACGGAGAAAGGUCACUUCCUGUCCUUACCCAGCAGCGAUCAGACAGCCGCCAUGCAACGCGCCCAUCUGCUGAGCCCUCACCUGCCCCCCACCAAGGGCACCUGUCUCAGCUUCUGGGCCUACAAAACCCACCCAGUGAGGAGACAGCUGAGCGUGUGGAUUCUGUCCAACGGUCGACUCAACCAGCUGCUGGAACUCAGCGACCUCUGGGAGUCAUGGAAACGUUUCGAGGUUGACAUCGCCUCGACGGAGGAGUACCAGAUCGUUUUCCAAGGGAUCAAGGGCCAGUCGGGCGUUUUGGCGCUGGAUGACAUCCAGUACACCGUCGGGGUCAACUGUGAGCUUAAACACACAGAUACAGCUCCACAGGACAACACAGGGGGAAUUGCAGCGUCUAUAGUCGUGGUCGUGCUCAUCAUCAUCACGUUGACCGUUGUGUUGUAUUACUACCUGCGCAACAAAGGGAAAAGUGAUAGUACGCCAUCGCCCUCCGCCAACGGUGGCUUCAGUAGCGACAUAUACGAUGGAGAUGACACAGAUUUCAACAACUUCCGGGAGAGGGAGACGGCGUGA